AUGAAUUUCGAGCCAAACACCAGCAAAUCAACACAAUGCGAGAUUUGUGGACGAUUUUUAAAAUCAGAAGAUCAUCUGAAACGACACGAAAAGACGCACGAUGAAGCGGAAAGAAAACUCGAAUGCACCACGUGCCAGAAGAAGUUUCACAGUGCGGAGCUAUUGAGAAAACAUCAGAUUGUGCAUAGAGUUCCAAAAAAAUCGAUAAAAUGUGAUUUCUGUUCGAAAUCGUACAGCUCGAAGACGGCGCUGUCGAAGCAUUUGAGAACGCAUAGUGCUGUGAAAAGAUUCACCUGUCCCAUCUGCUUCACCUCGUUCGAUCUGAGCGAUCCGUUCAAAAUUCACCUCCGGAAACAUGACAAUCUGAAGCCAUUUGGAUGCAGUUACUGCUUCAAACAGUUUUCCUCUCGAUCCGUCUGCCGCCGUCACGUUCAAUUGAUGCACGAGAACCAGAAGGAAUCAGGGACGACGGAAGAAGAAGCGGCGGAAGAGAGAAAUUCAAAUUUAUGUGACAGUCAAGAAUAA